AUCUAUUUCCAGUACACUUAUGUCCAUCACCCGCUGUUUCUACGGUCCCCGGUCCCCCACUGUAGCACGGAUGAUGAGGACCCCGGGGGUCGCAGUCCACCCUUUGAGGUGUCAGAAGGUGACGAGGAUACUGAGGGUCACCCGGGAACCUCCAGCACUCUGUCAGGAAACAAAAGGAAAGUUCGUCUCUAUCAGUUCCUCCUGGACCUUCUGAAAGACGGAGACAUGCGGGACUGCAUCUGGUGGGUGGACAGAGAGCGAGGUGUCUUUCAGUUCUCCUCCAAACACAAGGAGGCUCUGGCCAGCCGCUGGGGACAGCAGAAGGGCAACCGCAAGAAAAUGACCUACCAGAAGAUGGCCAGGGCGCUGCGAAACUACAACAAGACCGGCGAGGUCAAAAAGGUGAAGAAGAAACUGACGUAUCAGUUCAGCGGUGAGGUGAUGAGGAGGAUGAGUAUGGAACGGAGGCAGUAUCAUCACUGAGAGAGGACUGAGGGCACACAAGACCCAGCUUCUUUUGCCCGUAACAACAUGUACUUGUCUUCUGUCAAGCAGUGCACAAUAUGCUGUAAAAAAUUUAAUCUCAGGGAUUUUCAUUAUGAAAUAAUAUGUAUUUAGCAGACACUGAACAAGUAUUCAAAUGUCCUUGUUUCAGCGAUGGGCAGACAAAUAUGUCCAGUGUGAGUUAUUCUACUCAGCCGAGUUCAAUGUCAAAUUACAUUUAGGCUUUCCUUUGUUAACCAGGUUCAUGUUUAAGGCUGGUUUAACUGUGGGUUAGUAAUGAAUCUAGGUAGUCAGGAUUUGACAUUUCACACCGUACAUAGUUAACCCUGGGUUCAUGUUUUUCUUCGCAUAUUUACGAGGUUAAUAAUGAUUUGGAGAAAUACGGCGUGCAACAAGCACAUGACCCAUUUCAUAAUUGCUUGUACAUCUGUGGAAAUGUCUCCAUGUAUAUGGACUAUUUAAUGAAUAAAUGAAUAAUUAAAACCCUCCAUUAUUUUAGUUACUUAGCAUUUGUUGUCACUGUUCAACGUUUGUACCUGCUUCCUUGAGAUGCUGAAGCUUAACAGUGUGUGCAAUUACAGAUGCAUAUUUAAUGCUUUGAGGCUGUUUAAAAUUGGUAGUCUUGUUGCUAACUUGCUGUAACAUUCUUGCAUUGCACUGUUUCAUGUGUACCUUUGGCACUGCAACUCUGCAGCAGAACUCUUCAUUCAGGGUUAAAGCAGAGCAAAUGUUCAAAAACCCUUUUUAUGUAUUAAAAUACAAUACAAUGAUACAUUUAUACUGUUUAUAUGUUCUACUUCAUGUUCGAUUACAGAAUAUAAAGACCGUAUGUCAAAUAUUUUGAUCUGUUUUCUUGAAAGAGAAAGACUAAUGCAAGCCAAUUACAUAAUCUCUAUAAUAUCCAGUGAUUACAUAUUUACAAGUGAAAAUAUUAACUCUUGAUAUCAAUGAUUACAUUUGCACUAGUAAAAAAUUCACAAUGAUCUCUCAUUCUCUCAAUUACAGAUAUCUAUCGAUCAUUUCUCACUAGUAGAAAUGACAUAUACACAUACUGUAUGUGAUAUGUACUUCUUACUAGUAAAAAAUUAUCAUUUUUGCACAUCAAUAAUUACAUUGUUACUAGUGAAACGUUCCAUUCCUAAUAUCAGUAAUUGAAUAUCUAGUAAAAAUGAAUUUUUUUUUAUAUCUGUAGUUUUGUUUUUUACUAGUGGCAUUGUUCAACUUGUGUAUAUCUAUGUUGUUAAUGUAAAUAGUAAGACAAACUUUAUUGCAUUUACAGUUAUCAAAAAUGAGCAUUUUCAAUAGUUGUGAUUCCACUGUUGAUUUGGGGAAUGGACAUUGUCACUAGUCACAAUAUAAUUACUACUAUAUAAAAUAAACCUUUUCACUAGUAAAACAUACAGAACAUGUGUAAUUGGAAUUGAAUCUAGAAAUGAAUUAUAAUUCUGUAAUUCUGUUUUGAACAGGAAUGAAUGACUGAUCAUUGAUAUUCUACUAGUGAAACUGCAGUUACAGAUAUUUGGUUUUCACAAGUUGAAAUUCUAUUUUUGGUAUCAAGAAUGGGUAUUUCUGUGAUGAAUUACAUAAUAUCAAGAAUGAACAUUUUUAUAGUGUAAACCUAAUUUUUGAUAUCAAAUAUAAAUAUUUUCACUAGUAAUAAUUUCAUUGCAAAUAUAAAGAAUGAUCAUUUUAACUAGUUAAAAUUGAAUUGUAAAUAUCCAUAAUUCAUUUUCUGCUAAGUGAUUACAUUUCUAAAAAUGACUUGCAAUAA